AUGACUACAGAUUCAUCCAACCCCCAACUCAUCCGCAUCUCCCUCAUUGCCGGCCGCUACCUCGUAUUUAACCAGGAAGCCGUCGCCCGCCUCCGUCGAGAAUGGAACACUUGCGGUAACCUGGUAGGCACUGUGCCCCAGCAGCCCACGCAAAACAUGUUUCUGGGUCUGCCCAUUGAGCUCCGCCCCGAGGAGGUCGACUCCCUCGUCCACCGGGGCGCAGCCCGUGUCGUAGACGAUGUCGCAGCCCACCAGGCAGCCCUGACGAGUUCGCCCGGGUCUGGUGACCGCACCGCCUACAUCGAGUCCCUCCGUCGCAAGAAGCAGACUGCCCAGAGGCUGCUGGCUGAGAGGACUGCCCAAAAGGCUGCCGAGGCGGCCGACAGGCUCGGUCGGAAGGCCCAUGGAAACAGCAAGUCCAGGGCCAACGACGCUGGUAGUGAUGAUGCUGUGCAAGCGGGUGGUGCUCUCUUAGGCAUUACCCCCACAACGAGUGACGAGCUCGUCUGCCAUGAUAACGUCUUUGCCGUCACCCAGACACCCGAGGGUCCGCUGGUCCGCUUCCUCCAGAACUCGGGUUACUACAUGACACCCGGUCUGCGCUUCGGCGCCCGCUACAGCGUAUACCCUGGCGACCCCCUGCGCUUCCACGCCCACUUCAUGGCCAACCAGUACGGCUGGGACGAGGAGGUCCCCAUCCUCGACAUCGUCCAGGGCGGUAGGCUGGCCACUGCUGUGAAGAAGGCCUUCGUCAUUGGUGGCCAGGAGCCAUCUUCCCAGGAAUUUGGCUCUCAGGACACUGCUACAAGGACCUUUAGUAUAGAAUGGGCCAGCAUGUAA